AUGGGGAAGAAGUAUAUCAUGAGUCCGGUGCGCCCGUCGCCCAAGUUUACAAAAAUCCCCAAGUACUCUCUUCCUUCCAAAGCGCAGAAGUUCAAGCAUAGACGGACUCUUCAUUCCAAAGUCUUCGAUCCCAGCUUCAAACGUUCUAUCUAUUUCAAGAAUACACACAAGCCACUUCCGAUUCGAUCCCGGUCAUUCGUCAUCAUGCCUGUCAAGACCAGAGGCAAGACCGCUGGACCAAAGAGUGUCGAUCUCAGUGCUCCCCGCUUAAAAUCUCCAACCAUCGAUCUGAAAGUUUCUAUUCCAAGCACUGAGGAAAGCGGGAUCAGUAAAUGUCCUUCUCCCAAGCGGGCUCGGUCAGAUGCCACAGAAGCCGAUACCAACAAGUUCAACAAGCGCGUCAAGCGUGGAACAGAUUCGUUCGAAUCAUCUCCCGAUAAUUUAGCCGCCUCUGAAGUCAUCCCGAAAGUCAGUAGCAAUAGCUCCAUUAAGCACCCGGAACAGAACGGGGAACAUGAGCCAAAUGGCAAGGCCAAGAAGAAAGGGGAGCAUUCGAAGGAGGGUAAGGAAUCGAAGAAGGCAAAGGAUUUCAAGAACGAAGAGAAGCCCAAGAACGGGUUGGAUUUCAAGAGUGGAGAGAAGCCAAGCAGGAAGCCAGGAAAGAAGUCUCGUAUCCGCCGUGACUGGGACAGAUUACCCGCAGCGUCGCAGCAAGGCUUUGUCAAUUUGACGGGAAGCAUUUGCUAUCGAAGCGGGGGUAUUCAAGCUCUCCUCCACAUUCCAGCCUUCGCAAACUGGGUGAUGGAUGAUCUGAAGCCGGAGAACUGUGUUGCCAAAGAGAAAGAGAACUGUGUCUCCUGCAUUCUUCAUCAAUUGACCACCGAGUAUUGGGCUGGCGCAUCCAUCAUGAAGACCUGGAAGCGGUUGAAUAUCAUCCUGAGGAGAAAGGGCUGGGGCGCUGAUGUUGGUAAUGGGCACGCGGAUGCAGGAGAGCAACUUAUCUGGAUUCUGAGCCAGAUCGAGAAAGAAGUGCCUUCCAAGAUAUACUCCGGCCUCCAACGAUUGUUCUGCAUCAAAUCGGAUCAGAUCAUCGAGUGCUCCGGUUGUGGUUACAAAGCCACUUCAAACCCAGGAAACCAGCAUAUCCUCAACCUCCCGCUCCAGAAGAAUGCCACCCUUACCGGCCACAUUGAUGGCUACCUGGCCCGUGAGAAACUCACUGAUUACAAGUGUGACUCCUGCCACAAAGUUGUCAUCAAUAGCAAGUACUUAUAG